CUAGUUCCCGUGCCACCCUGCAGCUCAUCUUCGAGACCACCUCCGACCGCAGCUCCCAUUCUACCCCAGGAAAAGAUGACAGUCAGCGCGACGCGAGGGACACUGUCGAUACUAACACCUCAACUCCCCGCCGCCCGCCUCGCCCUCGACCACCCUGGGAAUACAUUUCCCCUCGAAAGGAUCACGCGACCACGGAGGAACUGUAUCGUCUGACGAUGGCCGACGUCCCGACGUCCCCGCGCCCCGAGGCCGAACAGCCCGCCCAGGUGCCUUUGUCUUCGUCCUCCUCACAAGGCCAGAAGGCCGCCCUUGCCGGCUCACCACCCGACAACAAGCUUGGUACCGACACAACAACAGCCAUCAUCCCCACGUUGGAAGCAGAUGACGCAGCUGAGAACGAGGCCGUCGACGAGGCCCUUCUGCCCAAGCUCGAUCCCGCCGGUUUCUUCACCCUCGUCUCCAACUCCACCGCCAACACCACCCAUCACCCGACCGUCAAGUACAUCUUCCUAGACGACGACCCGGACACCCUCACAACCGCGCUCGCAGCGCAUCACUCCUCGAACCAAACCUCGACCCCCUCGGCCUCGACCUCCAAAUCCGGGCCCGGAAAGAACCCGAACCCGAACCCGAACCGAGCCGUCCUCCUCGAUGUGAUCCCAGGCGAAGACGGCCAGUGGAAGGUGUCCUCCGUCGCCAGUCUCAGUGCAGACUUUGCCGUGACCGAUGCCAGCAUAUCUCGACAGGAGGGCGAGAAGGAGGGCGGAUUGGUGCUCAAGAUUGAGGGCGUCGAAAGCGAGGGCGCCACGACGCUGGUAGACAAGGAGAAAGAUCGUGCAGAGAGCUUGCCGAGCUCAAAUAGCGGUGUGGUCAAGUCUGGGAGCGAGGAGUACGGGCCGCUUCUCGAGGAUUUCGAGCGCAAAAUGAGUGUGCUUCGGCGGGUUGUCAAGGCUGGUGAGGGUCGCGCUGAGAAGGCGCGUGAGACGAGGCCUUCCGAUGCUGAGGCUGAACCGGCCGAGGAGUGAUGCUGCCAUGUGUGCACCUAUCGAUCGAAUUUCGGCCAUUUACCAGCUACAUAACUGGGCCUCUGAUAUGGUCUACGGAGGAGUCCAGACUCGUAAUAUCAAGGUUAAAAGAAUGACAGAGGAUUGGCCUACUGUCAGCUCAGACCACGGCGACGGUGGUGGAGUAGCUGGACCUUUGUACGAUUCACGAAUCACGAAUCAUGAUGGGAACCCGGAGUAUAGAUGCCUUUCUCUACAAACUACCUUAGGAUGGCAGCAAAUAUGCUCUACUUUUGAGACUGAGCGACCUUGGCAGUCCAUAGCUUGGAAUAUGUCGUUUACAGGCGACCUGAAUACAAAACAUGUAUUUGAAAGUGAAUUAUAUUACACAUGUUCUUGCCCAAUUGAAAAUGAAAUCAGAGGCACCGUCA